AUGGAAGGCCAGCCAAAUUUCAACCGGCAGAUAAACCUUUAUAGGUUUUCAACAGCAACCCAUAGAAAGCUAGAACUACAAGAACACAUUGGAAAGACCUGGUGCGUCGAAAAGAACUGAAGCCCACUCAUAAUUGAUAACGUGCAUUUAUAUUUUUUAUAUAAGUAUGAGGACACGCAAGUAAUAGACUGCACUGAGGAGCACCUCCCUUGUAAAAGACAAUUCGGCUCUGACAAAGGAUCUAGUCGCACCUUUGGCUCAAGCCCUCUACAUUAG